AGGUCUCAUGGGAGUUGUAGUCCAUGGGUGGUGUACUUGAUAAACGCCAACAAAACAAGCGUUUCAUCUUUGAAAUGACACCGGGAUUAGUAUGAACCAUCCCGUACAGUAGUGGAUAUCCGUUUAGGACAGAAUACGAGCUGAGGUCCUCCGGGUCCCAGUUCGGCCGUUCAGAAAGUGGAUUAAAGAAAGUCUGGGUCCAGAAAUAAAACCGGAAGCAGGGCGGGACCUCGGCUCCUUAUAAACAUGGCCGUUAAGUCCUUCACAGCAUCAGGUACUGCGUUUGGCUGAAUUAGUUGGACUUUGAGGAAGUCACUGAGGGAAACUAACACAGCAACAGGUGGAAAGAAGAUGUAGACACACAGCGGACGGACUCGACAUUAUUUUAACCGUUGUAUCUGUGCGCGGGAGCGGCGUUUAUAAACUUCAUGUAGUACUUUAGGCUAGCUAAGCUAACGAAGCUAACGCCGACGUCUCAACGGUAACUUCUGUCAACUUUUUCAGCCAGCUAACCUCCUCUGCUACUUCACCGCCUGUGGACAUGGAGGAGCGCCGUCGGUCGUCCAGCCUGUCUCCAUGAAUAUUUCACACACGGACGGCUCGGAUUCUCUCAGCUAAAGGCUGACCUGAACUUUUCUCCGAGGUUUCCUCUCGGUUUGUGUGUUUUUUUCCACUGGCAGCAGCCGCCCGUUCAGGAACACCAGAGGCAGAGGGCGGAUAUAAACAAUGUUCUCUGGCAAGCCCAUGAAACCAACCUUCAAGUGUUAUCUUCCACCUGUGCAGACUGAUGUGAAGAAAACUAUUGAACCACCUAUCAAAAAGUUGGAGCCUAAGUUACUUCCAGGGGAGAUCGUAGUUAAUGAGGUGAACUUUGUGAGGAAAUGCAUCAGCGCUGAAAGCAGCCAGGAUGACCUUUGGGGGAAGUUGAUAUGCACCAACUUUAAGGUCUCCUUCAUCCCUCAGGAUGCUCCACCUAAACAGAAGUCCCAGUUGUCCCACCUGCUGCUCGGAGCACACGACAUCCCCCUGACCUGCCUGGAACAAGUCGUAACAGUGAAUGACACAAAGGGGAAGAAGAAAGUGUUAGGUUCAAACCAGAAGCUGAAGUUUAACCCCACUGAGCUCAUCCUGUACUGCAAAGACCUGCGCAUCAUACGCUUCUGCUUUGACGAGGCCGGACCUGAGAGUGCCAAGAAGGUUUGCCUCGCUAUCGCCCACUAUUCCCAUCCAGCAGAUCUUCACCUGCUCUUUGGCUUUGAGUAUCAAGGUCGACGAUACCAUGAAUCCAAAGAGGGACGAGUCAACGGCUCCACUCCCCGAGGAGGAUUACAGACCCCGAUCUUUGACCGCUCCUCUGACUGGGAUCGGGAGAUCAAGAGGACGGGUGCCUCAGAGUGGAGGGUGUGCUCCAUCAACGAGAACUACGACAUCUCACCGAGUCUUCCAGAGCAGAUCGUGGUCCCAGUCUCUCUGGCAGAUCAGGAUCUGAAGCUGUACUCAUCAUUCUUCACUGGUAACCGCAUCCCUCUGUGGUGCUGGAAUCACCCCGGUGGGAGCGCUCUGGUCCGCAUGGCCAGCAUCAGUGAUCCAUUACAGCAGAAGAAGAUUGAGCAGAGGGUUUUCACUGCCAUCACAAAGAGCCACCCACAGCGAAGUGAUGUGUUCAGGUCUGAUCUGGACAAGUGUCUGCCCAACAUCCAGGACAUCCAGAGUGCCUUUGUUAAAGUGAGGCAGAUCUGUGUCAUAGAUCCUUUUGAGGAGUCUGAGGAGAGGUGGCUCUCAUCCAUUGAAAACACUCGAUGGCUGGAGCACGUCAGGGCCUUUCUGAAACACUCAGCUGAGAUCGUGUAUCACCUGGAUGGAAAGAAUGCUUCAGUCAUUCUACAAGAGGAAGAAGACCGAGACCUGAACUGUGUGGUGUCCUCCCUGGUGCAGCUCAUGUUGGACCCUCACUAUCGCAGCCUCAUCGGCUUCCAGAGUUUGGUGCAGAAGGAGUGGGUGAAGGCUGGCCAUCGCUUCCUGGACCGAUGCAACCACUUAAAGAAGAAUUACAAAGAGGAGUCUCCACUGUUCAUCCUGUUCCUGGACUGUGUGUGGCAGAUGAUGAACCAGUACCCAGCAGCGUUUGAGUUCACAGAGACGUAUCUGACAGUGCUGAGCGACAGCAUGUGGAUCCCUCUCUUCAGUACUUUCCUCUUCAACUCUCCCAAACAGCGUGCUCAGCACUUAAUGGACUUUGCCAAGAAUAAAGCCAUCCCUCCAGGAGAGGACCAGGUCGUGUACUUCCCUCCUGUCUGGGACUGGUCUCAGCAGUUCUCCACCAAAGACCAAACCCUCUUUAACAACCCCAUGUACAUAGGCAAAGGAGCUGCCUGUGUUCAGAACGGGGAAGUGAAAACCUUCAAACGCACAAAGCAGAAAAACUAUAGCUCCACCCUGCGAGGAACAUCGGCCUCCAUGCGUAACGGAGUGAAGGGUGCAGACGAGACGCUGCCCCGACGGGGCUCUCUGGUGUCGGAGCUGAAGCCCGACUUCUCUCCGGUCAAAGACGAAAGCCCGUCAGAGCGCUUCUUCAGGGACUGGUUCUCCCGACCUGCGGACCAGCAGGGCCUCUUGAUCCCCCUGCUCAUCCCCUCACACGUGGCUCUCUGGAGGCUCUUCUUCCUCCGCUGGGUCCCUGAAGCCUGCAUCCCCAAAGGAGGCCCCGUCACCGCCUACCACAAGCUCUCCCAACUGGUCGAUGAGAUCGAUAUACUGCAGAGUCAGCUCAGGCAGUAUAAGGGACCCAGUCCGGGCAGCAUGCCGCUCCCCAGCCCGGGUGGGCCCCUGUCAGACCAGAGGAGGAUGUACUUUAAGGCCAGUUCCCCGAAUGACCCCCCCACACCUCCAGACUUCCUCACGUCCUCCUUUCCUUUCACCCCGAUGGGAAAUCUGUGCCGCCGCAGUAUCCACGGGACUCCCAUUAGCAAGUUUCUGAACGGGGCGAGGAUCUGGCUCUCGACAGAGACUCUGGCUAAUGACACUGUGUAAGCUUAGUGCAGGUCUGUUUAACAACUAAUCAUCUUAUUUUCUAUUACCUCUUUCUAAAACAAGAAGAAGGACAAUGAGACAGAGAAAUUUAACUUCUGAUUUUUAAUUGUUUAUAAGCUAGAAUUUGCACUGUUGUUGCUGCAUUAAAAUCAUUAUCAUCCAUUACAGCUGAGGAACUCCUUACUGUCCAGUGAGUUGUUACUGUGAGGCGUCCUCCCACUGUGAAACAUCAUCAGCUUUAUCAGCAGCUCUUCUCCUGCUGAGCUUUUCCAGAUUUUAAUAGACGAGGCUAAGAACUCCCUCUCCCAGAUUUACCUGUGAUUCACUGCAAUAGUUCAAACAGCUGUUUAAGUCAGUUCAUCAGUUCAGUUGUUCUGUGAAUCCUCACUGGACACAAAGACUUCUCUUCUGUAAUGGAACAAUGAUACCUGAAGUUGGAGGGCUCUGGUGUUUUACUGCAGCAGCAAUGAUGCAUUUCACUGAACACUGAUUUCCAUUUGUUUGUGCCUUCCAGGAAAUUCAAUUAAAGAUGUAAUGUUUUACCUUGACAGAAAGAGGAACAGAAAAUAACACUGCUAACAAGUUUUCUACUAUGUGGUAAAAACAAAGAGGAUCUGGAUCGGUUGAAUGUAAAGGAGCUAUUCUUUCUUCUCUUCUUUUUUCUUCUUUUUUUUUGCACAGAGUUAAUGCUGUUUGCUGCAGGUGCCCGUAUUUUACUGGUUGUGUUGGGGUUUCGCUGUAAGUAGCAAAUAGUGUGAUUUCAGGGUCUUUGUAGAUGUAGUGUAUUUCCAGCAGAGAUAAGGGCCUUUAUGUUUAGUAUCAUACUGUAGGUGAUACUGAGGGGGAGGUGGAGCUGUGAGGAUUCAAUCUGUGGUAGAUAUUUUCCUUUUUUCUCUAUUGAAGGGGUUUGGAUUGAACUUUAGCAGAGGCCUUCUGGUAAGGCAGAGUAGGAGCUGUUCAGACUAACAGGAGCUGAGUGAGUAAAGAGACAAACAGCUCUGACUCAGACCAGUCCCUGGUUCAGGAUGGACUGAAGUGGAUUGAUGAGUGACUCUGUUUCAGCAUUAAAUCAUGUGGAGGGUCAGAACUAUAACUAACAGAGCAGGAAGAGUCACUACAGUCUGUUUUACUGGAGACAGCAUCAACUGUAUACACUGUUAAAUAUACUGUAUGUGGCUUUAAAAGACAGAGGAGUGAAGUUGCUGUUCCUCCAUCCCUUGCAGGGACAGUGAGGUUAGUCCUCUGGGACUUGCAGCUGAACUGGGGACUGGUUUGACUCACAUGUGGGGACAUGGAUCAGUCGUCCACAGCCCCUGUAGUAACUGAUCAGGAACGAGCACUAUGUGAUAUCUUAACGUCUUCACAGAACAACAGUGUUCAUCAUCAGAGCUCAGUGUGACUGAGUAAAUGACCACUGGACAGAUUCAGUAUUUGUCCUCCUGUUACGCAGCAGAUCUUUAGAUUUCCAGUGAUAAACUCAUGAUUCUUUGGCAAUAACUAGUUCAGGUGUUUUUUAGUGCAGAUGUGUAUAAUGUGAGUGCAAACCUGUUCUCUUUAAAUGCUAUUAAUUGCACAUUUUACUCAAUAUAUAGGAUAGUUUGUUUUAAUGUGGAUUUUGAAUAUAAUUUUGGCAAAUACUAUAAAUACUGUAUAGGCUUGAAAUCUUCCAAUUAAUAUUUUUGAUUAAUGGUACUAAAUAGCUUUUAUCCUUGAUUUAGUCUUUAUAUUUUAUGGAGAGAUAUUUAUAUGCUGUGUUUUUCCACUAAUGUUGCACUCUGCUGUGAUUGUAUGAUGACCGUGCCUCCACUCAGGCUCAGUUUGAUAUUGAUUAGCAGCAGAUGUAUUUAUUCAGUUAUGCAAAUGUUCUCUGAGAGGGAUGCUGCUGUACAUCCCCUGUGCCUUUUUUGGGAAGAUUGACCAUUUUUGUAACUAUAUUCUAAAAAAAUCUGUCAUUGACUUAUUUUAGUUUUCUAAAACGGUUGAUUUGUAUCAGUUCUGCAGAUCAAGUUGAAAUGCAGAGGUACUGCACUGAAGCGGUUUUCCUGACUGAAAACAAGGCUCACAUGUGUACCAGUAACCAGUCAUUACAUUAUUUUUCAAAUCAAA